AGCUGGCACAUACUCGAGCUUCACUUUGACGUUAGUAAAACUAAAAGGAGUCCCUGAAGUGCACCUGAGGAUAUGGAGCUAUCAGCAGAGAAGCCUCUGAUUGAGAUUCACCUGGAGCCUCUUCGAUGGACGGGUUCUCCAGAGGACGAGAGCUCCGACUCGGGUGAAGACGCCUCCAGCGAGGACGCCCUGUGGCGGCCCGACGGCCUCUGCCAGGAGGCGGCCCGCCUCUGGCAGAUGUCGGCGGCCGAGAGCGAGGUGAGGCGCUCGGCCAGGAGGAAGCUCUACUUGGCCUGCGCCGUCUGCCUCGUCUUCAUGACCGGAGAGGUGGUCGGGGGGUACGCCGCUCACAGUCUGUCCAUCAUAAUGGACUUCUGCAGCAUCGUGAUCAGCAUCUUCUCCAUGUGGCUCUCCAUGAGGCCUCCAACGGACACCAUGACCUUCGGGUGGCAGCGAGGAGAGAUUCUGGGCAUGUUGCUGUCGAUGGUUUCCAUCUGGGCCGUGACGGCGGCGCUCGUCGCCUCGGCCGCUCAGAGGAUCCAUGACGGAGACAUCGACAUCGACAGUCGGAUCAUGCUCGUAACCUCCGGCUGCGGCGUGGGGGUCAACGUCCUGAUGGUCCUGAUCCUCCACCAGUCUGAAGACUCACAUGGCCACGGCCACGCGCUUCCCUCCAAACGGCUGCAGGGGAGCGGCCACCAUCACAGCCACGGCAACGCCACCGUGAAGGCGGCGUUCAUCCACGUGCUGGGAGAUCUGGUGCAGAGUGUCGGCGUCCUGCUGGCCGCCACCAUCAUCUACUUCUGGCCUGAAUAUAAAGUAGCGGACCCGAUUUGCACGUUCCUGUUCUCGGUUCUGGUUCUCGCGACGACACUUCCGAUCACAAAGGACGUCCUCAGAAUCCUGAUGGCCGGCGCUCCUCGGGACGUGGACUUCAGCUCCGUGCGGGAGCGGCUGCUGUCGGUGAAAGGAGUGACGUCGCUUCACAGCCUGCACGUGUGGAGCCUGAACACGACGCGCUCCUUCCUGUCUGUGCACAUGGCCACAGAUGAAGGCACCGAUGCUCAGCUCGUCCUCAAGAAGGCAACAAAGCUCCUGCGCUCCAAGUUCGGCUUCUCCAGCGUCACAAUCCAAGUGGAGCAUUAAAGACUGCUGACAUCACCACGACUGUGUUUACAUUGACGUCUAUGGCUGCAACAUGAACCGACUACCUUGUGGUUACAGUGGACCACUCGCCCCCAAAAGUAUCUAGAUGCCGUAAACUAUAAUUACUGUGUUGGGAUUAGUUUUAAUUUACAUCAAGUAUUUAUAUAACGGGUUGACAAUUCUUUUUGGGGAUUAUAACUUUCAUUUCAUUUCACUUUUCAUUUAAAAUUUUCGAGCCUUUAAUCAAGUGCCGUUUAUUGCUUUGCAUUUAUAAUCGUCACUCAGAAAAGGUACAAAUCAUUUACAAACAGCUCUCAAACAAUACGUAGACAUAAUCUUUACACAUUACUUUGAAAAGCAAUGUUCAUGUUAGUCAAAGAGCAUUAAUGUUUGUCGUGAGUGAGGCUGACGGGCAUUACGGGAACAAUUCAACAUUUUGGGAGAAACGCUUGUUCACUUUCCUUCUGAAAGUUGGAUUUCAGCUUUCCACUUCUUUACAUUGGACUCAAGGUGGUUGUAUGAUGGCAGAGCUCCAUGUGCGAGUCCUUUUUAAAAUAUCUAUUGACAAUAUAGCACCAUAUUCCCAAAAUGGGGUUUAAAUUACUCCAAUAGGAGGUUUUAUUUCGUAAUUAUGACUCGGUUUGAUUUUUACUACUUUAUUAAAUUUACUUGAAUAACCCAGACGUGACACGAACGUGACAUUUCAGUUACUUUCAGUUGUCAAAUAGAAUUGUCUUCAGUCUGGAACAUUGUCGGCAUUGUCAGAGUUGAGGCCUGUCUCACAUCUUCUGGAAGACUGUUCCAGAUUUUAGCAUAAAAGUGAAACGCAGCCUCACCGUGUUUAGUCCUGACUCUGGACCAGCAGGAGACCACUCCCUGAGCUUCUCAGAGCCUGAGAUGGUUCAUAUGGCUCUAACACGUCACACGUGUACGUUGGUGCUAGACCGUGAAGAGAUUUGUAGACAAGCAGAGCUGUUUUAAAGUCUAUUCUCUGAGCAACAGGAAGCCAGUGCAAAGACCUGAGCACUGGACUAAUAUGGUGGUAUUUCCUGGUUCUAGUCAGGACUCGAGCAGCAGCGUUCUGGAUGUACUGCAGCUGUCUUACAGCUCAGCAGGCCGUUACAGUAGUCUAACCUGCUCAAGACAAACCCAUGGAUUGGUCUCUCCAAGUCUGGUUUAGACACUAUUCCUUUGAUUUUGGCAAUGUUUUUUAGAUGGUAAAAAGCUGUUGUUAUUGAUUUAAUGUGGCUGUUAAAGUCCA